AGUACACAAGUGAAAUAACGUGUUGGUUCUUGCUGUAAACUUUACAUGGAGACGCGUGACAAGCUGUCGUGUGAAUAUCAAUCUUAUCGUUUGUUUCUCUACGGGUGAAGCUAUCUGUACUCUCAAGCGGCCUGUGCUCAGCAUUGCGGCCGACGCAGAACAUCAUGCGGCGAUGUUUCGCACCAAGCCAGCUGGCCAAGCGACGAUGUAUUCAAGAUGACGAAAACAGCGUCUCGAUACGCAAGGCGAAGGAAACGUACUCCAAUGGAGACUCCACCGAGAACGGCGAGCGCAUCGUGCUCAGCAAACACGAAGCGUUCAUACGAUCUCUGCUCUGCAAGCCGUACAAGGUACCCAUCCCGAACUACGUGCCGAGCCUGCAAAGCCGCUCGCUGGGACUCAAACGAACCUCUGGUCCGCGCCCCUUACACGAUCCCGACGAAGAAGGUGCACUGGUCUUGUACGCACCUCCGGCGCUGACGAACCACGAACAGAUGACGGGAAACAGCAAGCUCGUGCACGUUGUGGUCGAUCCAGUGCUCACCAAGGUGCUGCGUCCCCAUCAACGCGAAGGCGUCAAGUUCAUGUGGGACUGCGUGACGGGCUGCCGCAUCGAAGGCAGCUACGGCUGCAUCAUGGCCGACGAGAUGGGACUCGGAAAAACGCUGCAGUGCAUCACCCUGUUGUGGACGCUGCUGCGACAGAGUUCCGAAUUUGCGACGCCCACCAUCACCAAAGCGAUCAUCGUGACGCCCAGCAGUCUCGUGAAAAACUGGCACAACGAGCUGUCGAAGUGGCUGGGCGAUCGGGUCCGCUCCGUUGCCAUCGAAAGCGGCAGCAAGGCUGAGAUCGACUCUGAGAUUCGCAGCUUCAUGACGACUUUCGGCAGGCGCGUCUGCACCCCUGUGCUGAUCCUGUCAUACGAAACUUUCCGUCUGCAUGCUGCAGCACUACAGAGUGGCGAGGUGGGGCUUGUCAUUUGUGACGAGGGUCAUCGGCUCAAGAACUGCGAGAACCAGACAUACCAUGCCCUGAACGGGUUGCAGACGCGAAGGCGCGUGCUCCUGUCGGGGACGCCCAUCCAGAACGAUCUGCUCGAAUACUUCAGCCUCAUCCACUUUGUGAACCAAGGCAUCCUCGGCACGGCUCAAGAGUUCAAGAAGAAAUUUGAACUGCCAAUCUUGAAAAGCAGGGACUCCUGCUCGACCGACGCUGACCGUGCGCGUGGUCAGGAGAGACUAGAUGAGCUCAUAGGAAUUGUGAAUCGGUGCCUGAUCCGCCGGACUAACGCCCUUCUGUCACGUUACCUGCCCGUCAAGAUGGAGUAUAUUGUUUGCUGUUCCAUGACAGCGAUGCAGCGCACAUGGUACGAGCAGCUAGCCGGCAUGAAGGGCACCACUCCCCUGGCCACCAUAACGCUUCUUAAGAAGCUCUGCAACCACCCAUCACUCGUGCGCGAGUGUUUCCCGGAAGACGAGAGGAUGUUUCGUGGACCUUCGGUGCAGCCCGAGCUAUCGGGAAAACUGCGCCUGCUCGACUCUCUGCUAGCCGUGAUCCGAAGCACAACCGACGACAAAGUGGUGCUCAUUUCGAACUACACCCAAACGCUGGACGUAUUCGAAAAGCUGUGCCGCGAACGUGGCUAUGGCUUUUUUCGACUGGAUGGGAGCAUGACCAUCAAGAAGAGGGCGAAGAUUGUGGCAUCUUUCAACAUGCCAUCCAGUCCAGAGUUUGCCUUCAUGCUUAGUAGCAAGGCAGGAGGCUGUGGACUCAACCUUAUUGGAGCCAACAGGCUGGUGAUGUUCGACCCGGACUGGAACCCGGCGAACGACGCUCAGGCGAUGGCCCGGGUGUGGCGAGACGGUCAGCGCAAGCCGUGCUUCGUCUACCGGCUCGUGUGCUCGGGCAGCAUCGAGGAGAAGAUCUUGCAGCGGCAGACGCACAAGAAGGCGCUCUCCAGCUGCGUCGUCGAUUCCGAGGAAGACGUGGCCAGACACUUCAGCGCCGCCGACCUCAGGGACCUCUUCAGGCUGGACGCCGAGGAAGUUCGCAGUUCGACCCACGAGUCCCUGUCGUGCCGGCGUUGCGUGAACGGCAUCGAGGCGCGGCCCCCUCCGGAGGACGCCGACCUCGCGAGCGACCUGUCGCAGUGGCACCAUUGCUGGGCUCGCAAGCAGUCCGAAGACCACGUGCUACGACAGUGUUGGGACUCCGGCGUUAACUUCGCCUUCGCGCAGCGAUCCCACAAGGCGCCAGUGGCCGUGCCCUAAAUGUAUGCCUCGCUGGAUCACAGACACGCAUCUUGCGGAGUUGCCAUCUCUGUUUUCCGGACGCUUGCUGUCCUGGAUCUCCAGCGGACGUCGCUCUAUGUACGAAAUACGCGGCGUUUCUGGCUUCGGCUUUGUUGGACUUUUGGCGGCAAUGUCGUGCCGCGAUUAUCUGCUGUCCUGGAGAUUCAGGAAUGUGGCACUGUCUCCCGACACAUUGUGUCCCAGAACAGUGUUGUUGUCGCUACCAAUCACUCCUGUAUAAUGGACGUUGACCGUCAGACGUUCUGUAGCUGCAUCGUGCCACCCUGAUCUGAUUGUCUUCGGAGCUGAGCCUACAGAAGAUUACGUUAGCGGUCCUGCCGCUGGCGUAAUCCGAUCGCUGCCGUUGUACAUCUGCGACGGUCGUUUUGUACAGCAGCGUAGCGAUACAACAUACCGGUAACACCGUGACGCCAAAGAAACCUCUGUUGGCAUAACUAGAUUCUUUGUUCUUCAUCGUGCCGGGGCUGCUUACGGUGUGAGAGCAGCGUCAUUCCUCUUUCAAAGUGCCGCCAGUUCGUACACAGGCCAUCGCGGACCUGUUUUGAUUGAAAAGACCUCAGCGAGGUUGUAGAACACGUUACCUAACCUCAUAGCGUUAUCUUUUUGUCUUGUGUCUGGACGACUCAUCUUACUGAGCUCACUAGCAGUCACCCGGACCAGUUGACCUGUAUUCGCUGGAUGAUGAAUCUGACAUUGCUCGCAAACCGCAGUAUACACCGGAAUGAACUUCUGGAAUCUUCAAUCGUUCUGUUUUACUCGAUGAUAAACCGGUGUCUCGGUCAUGCGAUGUAGCGCAUAUACCAUACGCAAUGUUAUGAACUUAGUUAACAUUGUUGUCAGGCCUUGCCGUGGUCUGUCUGCAGCCAUCUGCAUUGCUGACUAAUCGAAGAGUAGAGUGGCCGUAGGCGCAUUUCAACUGCAACAACGCGCCGUUCGCUGACCACUUUAGUACACAAAAAAUCUAACGUAGCAAUUUCUCCUGCUCGUUUCAAAGCACAACACCGCUGACGCCAUUGUUCUGCGUAUCGCGGUAAAUUGUUCGCUCACUUUAAGCUAAACUUAUGGCAAUAUUAUUUGUUGAUAAAUUUUCAAAUUGUUUCAUAUUUAAAUUUGUGAAGCUUAAGCUUGUUUAUAUGUCUUCUUCAUCCUACAUUGAAUUACGUCAAUUGAUAGCAGACUACGCGGGUUUGUCACAGGUCGUUCGUGCACCGCGAACAGCGCGCUCAAUUACGUUAUCUUUAUUGUCGUAGGGACGCAAAACUCAUGUGUCGUUUUGAUGUUUUUUUUCUAAUUAAAGGGGAAUAAUGGAGUGACACCGCAGUACACACGUCCGCAGAACCGACCGUGGUAUACACUUGUAUCGCAGAGUUUACGAAACUGAAAUGCGGAGGCCAUACUCGAGCUUUUUACGCAUUCACUGUUUGAAACUUGCGGGGACAAAUCGUACAGUACACUGCUGCACGUUUCGGCUUGCUUCUGCAGUGGUGUGCUGUGUAAUGUAAUGACUACUUGGAGGUUUAGCUGUGUUGAUGUUUUGCGUCAAUGUAGAGAUGUCUCCCGGUGACGCGACGACCGCAAAUUCUGCGAUAAUUGCAACCUCCAACACUUACUACGUUUUUUUUUUUAUAAUAAUAAUAAUAAUAGUGAGUUCGUAAUAGUGAGUUUUCUUUUUUUGUUUCUCUCGCGCAACGAUUUCUGCUCUCGGAAACUGUUCAUGUCACUGAAUUCGUACUGUAAAGUUCUGCAUUUCACGUCUGUGAUUUCACGGUUACUUUUCGUUCCGCCUCACUCUGUUAAAUCAGCUUGCCUCCAUGCUUGUAAAUAAACGGC